AUGGUCAUCACUGUGCUGGCUCUACUAGGCAUAGGUCUGCCGCGCGCCCUGGCAGUGGACAUCAGUGUCGGCCAGCUUGUCUCCACGCAAAGCGACGCACGGCUGGUGCGCCGGGAGUCCCACGCUGGGGCUGCACGUCAGACCUGGGAGGAGUUGCUCAAGGCAGCCGAGGGGCCCCAGCAGCCUUUGAUCUUCGAGAGCCGGCUCCGCCGAUGUAAGGUUAGUGCUCUGCCGAAUACAUCCAGCCCAGAGAAGGGCCUGCACCUCGCCAACACCCAGAGAGCGUUGCGUGAGGUCAAGCGCAUCUUUGCAGAGCACAACGUGCCUGUGAUACUUCUUGGUGGCCUGCUUCUAGGCUUCCGCUCGCACUGCAUGACUGCAGAUGUGGGUAUGAACAGUGAUGUGGCCACCUUCGGGCCUUGGAUCCAGGCCGCCAGCGUGGCCUCGCUUCAGGAGGCCUUCAACAACCAGGGCCAUUCCUUGGACGCGAGCCUUUGCCAGGCCGGUCCACUUCGCAGCGGCUGCACUCUUUCGGCGGUGCUGAGCAGAGGCCCAGCCAUCCAAAUCCAUGUCCUUUUCUCGGCACCUGCGCCGUCGGCUACGAGCCUGCCAGGCCGCUUCCUGCAAUGUGACGUCGGCGUGUGCGGCAGCGGCUGCGGAUCUUGCGACAUCGCUUACGCUUUUCGCACCGAGUCUUCCCAACAACAAGGACGCUUCUUCCCAUGCCCUUUGCCAAUUCACAGCUUUGCGCUGGUAACCUGGAUGAACGAGACGUUCUGGACCCCUCUGGAGACUGACCUAUAUCUCCAAACGGAGUAUGGAUCCACAUUGCCGCUCCCGGGAGCUGUCCCUCACCGUGGUUGCUCGAACACACCGCUAGCACCCUAUGAUUCCUACUUGUCGACUCUGCCUGUCGGCAUGGAGGUCAUGCAUAGGCAGCGUGCUGCCGAAACAAAGCACGCAGCACGAAUCGCGAGUGCUGCUGUAUAUGACCGGCAGCUGUGGCGCAAGACCUUCCCCAGCGACACCUCCCUCUCCGAAAUAGCCCCGUGGCAGCUCCCACGGCCAAGCUUUGUGCAGGAUCGGACGAGCCCCGGCUUGUCUGUGGCCGCUGUGCUGCCCUCCCUUUCCGCACUGCUUUUCGCGCUGGCUCUGUGGGCUUCUGUCCGCACCAUCUGGGCGAGUUCGACCAGCAGCACGUUUCUGCAGCACAUGUGGCAUCAGUCAUUCGACGGCGCAGCGCUCAGCUUGUAUGUGGCCCUCGUCUUGGCGCAGACCUUCUUGCAAUCCCUUGCGGCAGCCAGAGGCUCCCAAGCCUUAGCUGCAGCCGUGGCCGUUGAAGUGGCAGAACUCCUUCGGGCACUAGGCGCUGUCUGGGCAGGCGGCGGGCUCUCGCGCUGGAGGUCGCUCUGCUUCCGCCAGCCGACGACGCUUGGAAGUGUGCCCGUGUGGAUGCUGACCAUAUUUCCUGGUGUUGGCAGGGCUGUCGGCCAGUGGAUGUCCUUUGUAAGCCUGUGUUGGCUGGAUCCAGCAACUUACGUCCUCCUCACGCAGGCUUCCUUCUUGCUUGUGGAAGCGGCGAGGCGUAGCUCGAGAUCUGCUUGCGCGGCUGCGCUGGUUGCUUGCGCCUUCAUGCUGAAAUCUUCGAAGGCACUUGAUACUGCGGAUGCUGCCCUGGGCCGUGGGAUUCUAUGUGUCCUCUUCCAGGUCCCGCUCCACGCGCUGGCGCAGGCCAUGCCGCAGAAGGUCGACGUCCCGUGGGAGCUGCUCUCAGCCAGCCGACAUGCACAAGGACUCCUAGUGCUGACGGCUCUCCUUGCAGCACUUUCACCUCAUGAGCCAUACAGUUCCCCUGCAUCGGCCAUGGCCGAGGUCUUCAGCAACCAGUGGCUCUUGUGCGCCAUCGCCUUUGUGCUUGUGACCACUGCAAUCAAAGAAGACCUUCUCUCACGAGUGGCUGCGCCUGUGAAAGAGCUUGGUGUUGGGGGCUUGAUGGUGAAGGCAUCAACACUCCAGUGGCUGCUGCUCUCAUGGGGGGGCGACGCCAAAGACUUGGAAGCCCUUUGCCUGGGCUUGGCGACGGUGCUGGUUUGCAUGGCUGAGCAGCUGUCGGAUCCACUGCCCGCAGCACUGAAAGCUACUCGGAGUUGGAGGGAUGAAGAGGUGGCCAAGACGAGCACCACCUCUGGGCAAGUCACACGGUCAGUACCUUCGAGCUCUUCGGCGGCCACAAAUCCGAAGCCAAAGGCCCGGCCUCCGCGCCCUGAGAUGGCAUCACGUCCAUUGCGAAAGCCCAGCAUUGGGUCCAGCGAAGUGUCCACCACAGCGCCCUCCACACCACGAGGCACCCCGCUGAUCACCGCCAGAUCGCUUGCAGGCCAAACCAGCAAGGAGGUAUCCAGUGACAGCGAGUUGUCCAGCGAGCUUGCAUCUGACUCUGAGUAG